AUGGCCCAAACGAAGGAAGAUGUAUUUGGUGUCUCGACGGACGAGGAUCUUACCCUGGAGCAUCUGGGAUACCAACAAGAAUUUCGGCGCUCGUAUAGUUUGUUUGAUAUGGUAGGGUUCAGCUUCAGCAUCGUGACCUGUUGGACCGCACUGAGCGGUGUCUUUAUCGUUGGCGUGGAAGCCGGUGGCCCACCCAUUAUGGUCUUUGGCUGGGUUGGAGUCUGUAUAUUUACACUACUCAUUGGAUUGUCCAUGGCCGAAAUGUGUUCGCGCUGGCCGGUGGCAGGAGGUCAGUACUCCUGGGUGGCCAUGCUGGCUCCUCCAAGAGUGUCUCGGCAGCUUUCCUAUAUCACAGGAUGGUUUAUGCUCACCGGAAUUCUUGCUAUGGGCGCAGUGAACAACUCCUUCGCAUCCAACUACAUCUUGGGCCAGGCAAAUCUAGUUUUCCCAUCGUUCACCAUUGAGCGAUGGCACACUGUCUUAGUUGCUUGGGGUGUGGGAAUUCUCGCUCUAAGUGUUAAUGUGUUUGCACCCCAGGCGCUGCAUCGAGUGGCUCGACUUAUCCUCCUAUGGAAUAUUUUCACCUUUAUCAUCGUGAUUAUCACACUUUUGGCAAGUAACGACCAUAAACAGGAUGCCAGUUUCGUCUUUCAGGACUUCCAAAACAUGACUGGAUUUGGCUCCGCCAUGGCUACCGUAGUAGGAAUUCUACAAAGCCUCUUCGGCAUGUGCUGCUAUGAUGCAGCCAGCCACAUGACAGAGGAGAUGACCCACGCAAGCCGGGACGCCCCCAAAGCAAUAGUGCUGUCAGUCUUACUGGGAGCCUUCACUGGUUUUAUCUUUCUUCUCACUUUGUGUUUCUGUAUCGGUGAUAUUGCAACAACUGCGAAAUCAACUACAGGUGUUCCGGUGAUCCAGAUAUUCUACAACUCGACCCAGAGCAAAGUGGGCACUUGCAUUUUGGCAAGUAUGAUGACUGUCAUUCUCAUUGUGGCGUCCAUUAGCUUGGUAGCUGAAGGAUCCCGAUCUGUUUAUGCCUUUGCGCGAGACCAUGGCUUGCCAUUUUCAGGCGUCUUGUCCAAGGUUGAACCGAGGAAGAAAAUCCCACUAUACGCCAUCUUUUUGACCUUAACGGUCCAGGUUGGCCUGAAUGCCAUUUACUUCGGCACAGAGACCGGAUUCAAUACUGUAGUAUCAAUAGCAGCCACUGGAUUUUGUUUGCUGUUUUUGCUUUUUGCUGUGAUCAAUUUCAACUUUCCUUCCGAGGCCCCUAUUACCCCGGUUUCGAUGAACUAUACCUGUGCGGCGAUUGGUCUGGUGAGCUUGCUUAGUAUUGUGACAUGGUUUACCACUGCGUCAAAACGGUUCACUGGCCCAUCGGAUGUUAGAAACUUGGUGGCCAACGGCGUGAACAGCGUAUCGACAUUGCAGCCUAUUCCUGACACGAAGUUAAGCAAGGGAACAUAA